UUGUAUUUUGUUCUUGAUGGGUAGGGACUAGAGGUGGUGCAAAAUCGAGGGCUUUUCCUCUUUCUACCGUCUUAAAAUAUUCGCUCUAUACGGUUUGCAAAAUCGUGAACGUGGAUCUCUUACAUGUUUCUGCCUUGAAUUGAAACUCUAACAAUUAUUGCGGUUUCUGUUAUUCCACCUUCUACUUGGGGUUUAGCUUUAACGGAACAAUAAUUUUGAGGUUUUUCGAUUUCGAUCUCGAGGUUUUAGCUUGGAUUUCUCAGAGGUGAAAUUCGGGUUUUAGUUUGUCGGUGAAAUUUUCUCAGGUUUUUGUGAGAUCAAGAGGAAGUGUUAGGGUUUUAGUCGAUGGCUUCGAAUCCUCCAUUUCAGGUGGAGGAUCAGUCGGAUGAUGAGGAUUUCUUUGAUAAACUUGUUGAGGAUGAUGAUAUGGAGCCUGUUAAGUCUGGUCAUGGUGAAGUUGAUGAUUCUGAUGAUGUGAAGGCUUUUGCGAAUCUGAGUAUAGGUGAUGUUGAUGCUGCUGCUACAUUGGAGAAAUCUGAUGCUGGUGAAAGUGGGGUUAAAGUCAAAGAGGAUUUGGGUAGUGUGAAAUCUGAUGUGAUUUUGGUUGGUGGACAUGAUGAGCAAGAGGGAAAUUCGUUGAUGGGUUCUAGUUCAGUUGAGUGUGAUAGUAAGACGGAUCUUGUUAAGGAAGAGAUUGGGAUUGGAUCAGAGUUCGUGGAGCUUUCUGAUGUUGGCAAGAACAAUGAAGUUCGUAGUUCAGGGAUUAAGGAGAAGGGUUGGAGUUCCUUCCAUGCUGAUGCUAAUGAAGGUAGCGGGUUUGGAUCGUACUCUGACUUUUUCAGUGAGUUAGGAGAUCAAUCUGGGGAUUUUCCGGCGAUUUCACACGAUAAUUUAAAUAGUCAAGUGAAUCUUGUUAAUGAAGCUCAAAAUGUUGGCUUUAAUACUUCGGUGGAUUACUUGCAAUAUCAAGGGGUUCAGGGUUAUGAUACAUCUUUUGAAUUUGAAAAUCACACAGACAAGCAAGGCGAUGACUUAAAUUCUUCCGUCAAUUAUGGGCAGCAUCAAGAGGGUGGAGUUUAUGAUGCAUCUUCAAACCAACACAAUAAUGGACAGUAUCAAGAGGGUGGAGUUUAUGAUGCAUCUUCAAACCAACACAAUAAUGGACAAGAUCUAAGUAGUAGUCAGAAUUGGGAGGAUGCUUAUCCUGGCUGGAAGUAUGACCAUACCACUGGGCAAUGGCUUCAAAUAGAUGGCUACGGCACAACAGCUACCAGUCAGCAAACCUCUGAAGCCAAUACAGCUGGAGAUUGGUCUGCUGUUUCUGAUGGAAAAACAGAAAUCUCUUAUCUGCAACAGACUGCCCAGUCUGUUGCUGGAGCUUUGGCAGAAACAGGCACAACUGAAAGUGUAUCUAGCUGGAAUCAGGUUUCACAAGGAAAUAAUGGGUACCCGGAGCAUAUGGUUUUUGAUCCUCAAUAUCCUGGUUGGUAUUAUGACACAAUUGCCCAAGAAUGGCGCUCAUUGGAAACUUACAAUUCAUCCAUUCAGUCUUCUGUUCAUGGACUUGAAAAUGGGCAUACUUCUACCAGUAAUUCCUCCCUUAAUACUAAUAAUAAUAACAAUUUGUAUAGUGAGUAUAACCAGGCUGGUCAUUAUGGAUCACAGAGUACUGGUAGUCAGGCUGUAAAUGGUAGCUGGAAUAGUUCAUAUGGUGUUAACCAACAACAGCAGGGUUUUGACAUGUACACGACUGAAGCUACCACUAAUAUAGCAACUGGUGGUAACCAGCAAGUUAAUCAUUCUUAUGGUUCAGGUAACCAGCAAGUUAAUCAUUCUUAUGGUUCAAGUAUGUCUGGAAUCAAUGAUCAUGUAAAUACUUCAAGCCCCUUUGGAUCAGUUGCAUCAUACAACAAAGUAAACCACGAUCAUGGUUUGACUAAUGGAACUUUUGAACCCAAAACUUUUGUUCCUCGUGGGGACUUUGCUCAACAGUUAAAUUAUUCAAACACAAAGUUCGAUGAACAAAAACAAUUCUCAAAUGUUUUUGCUGAAAAUCAGAACUCCCAUAGUUAUUCCCGGCAAUCAAUCCAGGGUGGACAGUAUGCCCCUCAUUCUGGAAGAUCAUCGGCUGGACGUCCUUCUCAUGCUCUGGUAACAUUUGGAUUUGGUGGAAAACUCAUCAUAAUGAAAGAUCCAAGUGUUUUGAGUGCAUCAUAUGGAAGCCAGGAUUCUGCACAAAGUUCUAUAUCUGUGUUGAACUUGAUGGAAGCUGUCACAGGAAGCAUCAGUUCUAUUACUAUUGGAAAUGCUACUGGUGAUUAUUUUCGUGCUCUAAGCCAGCAAUCUUUCCCAGGUCCAUUGGUUGGUGGUAGUGUUGGAAGUAAGGAGCUGUACAAAUGGUUAGAUGAGAGGAUUGCGCGCUGUGAAUCACCUGAUAUGGAUUAUAAGAAAGGAGAAAGGUUGAGACUCCUCCUCUCCUUGCUUAAAAUAGCUUGUCAGCAUUAUGGAAAACUGCGUUCUCCUUUUGGUACAGACACCAUACUAAAAGAAAAUGAUGCUCCUGAGUCAGCAGUUGCAAAACUUUUUGCAUCUGCCAAAGUGAGUGGCACAGAUUUCACUCAGUAUGGGAUGCCAAGUCAUUGCUUGCAAAAUUUUCCAUCUGAAGAACAAAUGAGGGUAAUUACUGCUGAGGUACAAAAUCUUCUUGUCUCUGGCAAAAAGAUGGAGGCCUUACAGCAUGCACAAGAAGGACAGUUAUGGGGACCUGCACUUGUUCUGGCUUCACAACUUGGUGAGCAGUUCUAUGUUGAUACAGUGAAGCAAAUGGCUCUUCGCCAGUUGGUUGCGGGGUCACCUCUACGCACAUUAUGCCUUCUAAUUGCUGGACACCCAGCCGAAGUGUUCUCUACCGAAACCUCAAGUAGUGGGUAUCCUGGUGGUUUUAAUAUGCCUCAGCAAUCUGAACAGGUUGGAUCUAAUAGUAUGCUUGACGAUUGGGAAGAGAAUCUGGCUGUAAUAACUUCAAACAGAACCAAAGGUGAUGAGCUUGUAAUUAUUCACCUCGGUGAUUGCUUAUGGAAGGAAAAACGGGAGAUUACCGCUGCACACAUCUGCUAUUUAGUUGCUGAAGCAAACUUCGAGUCAUACUCAGACAGUGCAAGACUUUGCUUAAUAGGAGCAGAUCACUGGAAAUGUCCCCGAACUUAUGCUAGUCCAGAAGCUAUUCAGAGGACGGAGUUAUAUGAAUACUCAAAGCUGCUUGGAAACUCGCAGUUUGUGUUGCAUUCAUUUCAACCAUAUAAGCUUAUAUAUGCAUAUAUGCUAGCGGAAGUGGGAAAGGUUUCAGAUUCGUUGAAGUACUGUCAAGCAGUAUUGAAAUCUUUGAAAACUAGCCGUGCUCCGGAAGUAGAAACGUGGAAACAGCUGGUAUUAUCUCUUGAAGAGAGAAUCAGGACCCACCAACAGGGAGGAUAUGCAGCAAAUUUAGCUCCUGCAAAAUUAGUUGGCAAAUUGCUCAACUUUUUUGAUAGCACUGCCCAUCGAGUUGUUGGUGGUUUACCACCACCCGGUCCAUCACCAUCACAAGGGGCUGUACAUGGAAGUGAACAGCAUUAUCAGCAAAUUGCACCAAGAGUAUCCACUAGCCAGUCAACAAUGGCCAUGUCGUCUUUAGUUCCAUCUGCUUCAAUGGAACCCAUGAGUGAGUGGACAGCUGACAAUAAUAGAAUGGCAAAGGCUAAUAGAAGUGUUUCAGAGUCAGAUAUUGGUAGAUUCCCUAGACAGGAAACGACAUCACCUGAUGCACAAGGUAAAGUCCAGGUAUCAGGGGCUCGAUCACGCUUUUCUCGUUUUGGUUUUGGGUCACAACUUCUCCAAAAGACAGUGGGGCUAGUCAUGAGACCUCGCUCUGGAAACCAGGCUAAAUUGGGCGAGAAAAACAAGUUCUAUUAUGAUGAAAAGCUGAAGAGAUGGGUAGAGGAAGGUGCUGAAAUUCCAGCUGAAGAAGCUGCUCUGCCACCACCACCUCCGACAACUGCUGCUUUCCAGAAUGGUUCAACUGAAUACAACUUGAAAUCUGCAUUGAAGACAGAAGGUUCAACUCUGAAUGAGUAUUCGAGCACAAGAACUUCAAGUCCUGAACCUAGCCCAGGGAUGCCGCCGAUACCCCCUAGCUCAAACCAGUUCUCUGCUCGCAGCCGCAUGGGUGUUCGGUCAAGAUAUGUUGACACCUUCAACCAAAAUGGCGGAAGCUCUGCAAACUUGUUUCAGUCCCCUUCCAUUCCAUCUGUGAAACCUGCUCUUCCCGCCAAUGCAAAGUUUUUUAUUCCAGCUCCUGUACCAGCAUCAAAUGAAAGGAAUAUGGAGGCUAUUGCCGAAAGCAACCUAGAAAAUAGUGCAGCUAAUGAAGAUCCUUCUACAUCUUCCACAAAUGAUUGGUCAUACCAAUCUCCGAAACAUGCACAAACAGUGACUAUGCAAAGGUUUCCAAGUGCCGGUAACAUCUCAAAACAGGGCCUUACAGAUGACAAUAACUCUGAUUUUUCCCAUUCUCGCCGAACAGCUUCAUGGAGUGGAAGUAUUAAUGAUUCAUUUAGCCCUCCAAAACUGGGUGAAAAUAAGUAUCCAGGGGAAGCUUACAGCAUGCCACCAUCCACAUUUAUGCCUGAUCCAUCUUUAAUGCAUCCGCCUAUGAGAAGUAGCAGUUUUGGUGAAGAUCUUCAAGAGGUUGAACUAUGAGCAUAUACUCAAGCUUGUAAAUAUCAAAUUUUGUUUUUGAUCAUCAGAAUAAUUGGGACUUCCCUGCUUCAGCAUUUCUCUAGAAGUAUGGAAUAGUGGAACACAUCAGAUGGGGUUUAUACAGAAACAGAAAAUAUACCCAUCUCCAUACCCCGUUCUCGUUCUCUUCUCAGUAUUUUUCAAGUUUCCAACUCCCGAUCCGGUGUUGUAUGAUUAAAUGUGGUCUGCUUACUUGAUGGUGGGUGCUGUUUUGUUUAAAAUGACAAGGGGUUGACCCCAGCUGCCAUAUCAGGAUUAUAGAACUGGUGUCUUACAGCAAGAAAUAUGGCUUCCUCUUUAGGGCUCAUUUAUUCAUUUUAUUUUAUUAAACAAGAACACAACAGGGGGAAAAUAUGGCUCCAACAGAUCAAGGACAAAGUAUAGUUUAUGGAAUUGUAAUAUAAAGUUUUAUAUACCUUUUGUAUUUGUUUCAGUUAUUAAUCGAUAUUAAGUUUCCAGAUCA